CAGUCCAUUCUCGAGGUCUUCCUCCUCUGUCUUGCAGGAUAUGUGUUAGCUUGGAAGGGUAUUCUGGACAAGAAAACACAAAAGGUGCGUCGUCGGGCCGAGUUCGGUGGUGCCGCACCACGUUCAUGCUUAUCGGGCUUCACCAGCAACUGAAUCGGCUCAAUGUUUCACUGUUCACCCCCUCCCUGCUCUUCUCCAAAGUCGCAUUCUUCCUGUCUCCCGGUUCGUCCCUGUCCACGUGUUUACCCGCGCGCGCGCACAACUCAAGUUGCAUGUACAGCGAAAUUGCGCGAGCUAUGGAUCAUCCCCAUCUUUUUCGUGCUCGUGACGGCGGUUUCGAUGACGGUCUCGUCUCUGCUGG